AAAUAAAGCAAAACUCUAGUGAAAUUUUAUCGAUAUAAUAUAAUGUCCGUUACCCUUUUAUAAAAUGACAGAAGUAUUACUAGUUACUCUAAUAACAAGCACCCACACACCACAUACCCUUAAGUAUAUUACAUACUCUACAAAUUCAUAAUUUGAUACGUAGUGACAUCUAGUAAACUGUGUCGCAACCUUUACCACCUCUCGAAUAUGUCGGAUAGGUCAAUGCACUUGUAUUUACCAUUGCUCGCAUGUUAAGUGACAAAGGACAUCGAUAAAUUUUAAUUUAACAAAACCCUGAUCUGUCUCAUUGAACGUACAACCAAUCGAUAAAACGUUUAUGUCGUAGCAGUUUACUUAUUCGCGUACAGAGAUCGUUGCCUCGCAAUCAUGCGCUCGAAUAGCAAACCAAGAGUUUAACGACGAUUGUGAUCGCAAGAGUGGAUCACAAAAGUGUAAAGAAUGCCGAAUUGUAGCGGCUUACUUAGAAUCAUUCGACGGCGCCUCGUACUUGGACUGAUCUUUGCUUUGUCUCUUACCUACUGCGCCUUUUCAUUGUUUCGAAAUGAGGGAAAAACGUUAACUUUAGACACAGAUCUCGACGAUAUGGAUGCAAUGAUGAUUAAUGAUAAUAACGACGACUUGAUCUCGGAUGACGAGCCGUUAUCGGAACAAUUAAGAGCAUCGGGUAAGCCACCGUUGUGGCAGGCAGCUCUUGAUCAGGGAACGAAUGAUAAUACGUUAAACAUGGAAGCUAUAUCCAACUUAAAUGAUACCGAUACAGUGGUUCGUCCUUGUCGUAACUCUGUCCAGGGUAAAGCUCUAAUCGUAGACGAGCGCGGUAUCGUAUGCGGUAGACAGGAUAUUUUGCCAAAUGGGUGUUGCAAUCUUGAACAAAAGGAUCCAACAAAAACAGAGGAAUCAUCUGUUAAUAAGAGAGAGAGGUAUAGUUGUAAAACGUGUAACGUCCAAGGGUGCUGUGCUAUAUAUGAAUAUUGCGUUUCCUGCUGCCUACAUCCCGGCAAGCAAAUAAAAGGACGGAAGGACGUGCUGAUAGGUUUACUUAGAGACAAUCAUAAGGUGCAUAAGGAUCAGGAUGUCGUGAAGAAACGUCUUCGAAAUCUAGACCGAUUUCAAAUUUGCCUAGCUGCUUGUCGUACCUCCAGCGCGAGUGUCCGCCACGAGAACACCUACAAAGAUCCACAUUCGAAACAUUGUUAUAGCCUCCAACCACCGUAUACGCAUCAAAGACAUCGUCGCGACACUGAUUCGUUCAAUAAUAAUGGCGACAACACUGUUGUCGUUGCAUCUUUUUCUGUCAUGCCGUUACUUACCCUUCUCUCUCCUUUCUGCCUACACACACAUCCAAACAACUCGCUCACGACAUCGUGCAACUAUCGCGCCUUAAUAUCGCUAUAUUAUUAUUCACACGUACAACCACCUUGA